AUGGGCGCGGAAAAUAUGGGACCUUUGUUGUACGCAAUCGCUCGGUUUUGUAAGCCCGCGCACGUGUUGGAAGUUGGCGCAGGGUACACGAGCAUCUUUUUGCUCCAAGCGAUGCGAGACAACGCCGAUGAAAUUGCGACGUAUCGAGCGAUGAUUCAGCGUCAGGAGGCGCGCAUCGGCGACGUUCCUUGGACAGCACCUGAUUAUGACUAUGAAAAGCUCGACGCGUCAACUCUUCACAUCGUCGACAACUGCGCGCACGAGCAUACUACGGCGCAUCGAGUGAAAGAGGUUGCUCAGGCGCUGGGGUGCGAAUCGUUUUUGCGCGUCCACGUCUGCGAUGCGUUCGACAGCGAGCUACCAAGCACGUUGGCCGUUCCAGAUGUCAAGUACUUCGACCUGUUGUGGAUCGACUUAGGCGCCGCAAACCGCAUCGAAGGCUUCUUCGACGCCUGGUGGAGUCGAGUGAAUCCAUGCGGUGGUUUCGUCGUCGUGCACUCGACGCUGACAAAUACGCUGUCGCGUAAAUGGCUGGAAAAGAUGCGAAAGCUCGCCCGAGACGGGGGUCGCGACGCCGAGACUGGAGCAUCGCCUUACGGGGAGUUCGUCACUGUGAGUUUCCUGGAACCGCAUAAGAUGUUCCAAAACUCGUGCUCGUUUUUCCAACGACGCCAAAGCUCGUGGACCGAACGCACCUUGACGAAGUAUCCAUAG